AUGCCAUUUGGUCUCCAAAAUGCCUCACAGACUUUCCAACGUUUCAUUGACCGUGUUUUAUGUGGCCUCCCAUUUGUUUAUGCGUAUGUUGAUGGUGUUCUCGUCGCCAGUCGAGAUGUCGAGGAACAUCUCCAACACCGCACCCUGCUUUUCGACCGAUUUCAGCAGUUUGGUUUCACCUGGCAUCCUACCAAAUGCGUCCUAGGAGUCACUUCUCUUGAGUUCUUAGGUCACCUGAUCGACUCAAACGGCAUUCGGCCUCUUCCCUCAAAGGGUGCCGCCAUUCGGGACUUUCCACCCCCUACCUCGAAACGUCAGUUGCAACGGUCCCUUGGUAUGAUGAACUUUUAUCGUCGGUUUCUCCCGAACUGUGCCGAUACCAUCCUACCUCUGCCCAGUCUCCUUUUAGGUUCUAAGCGCACCUUUGAGCUUCCACCAGCAGCACUCACGUCAUUUGAGCGGGUAAAAGCCCUUCUGGCUGAUGCUACCCUUCUGACUCACUUUCAUGCCGACGCACCCAUAUCUCUGAUUAUCGAUGCCUCCAGUGCUGCUGUUGGCGCGGUUCUUCAACAAGGUCUGCCAGAUUCUACCGUUCCUUUGGCUUUCUUCUCCAGGAAAUUAUUCAAGGCCGAAACCCGCUACAGCACAUUUGGACGUGAACUACUAGCCGCUUAUCUUUCCGUAAGGCAUUUCUGCCAUUUAUUUGAAGGUCUAGAGUCCAUGAUUUUUACAGAUCAUAAGUCGCUCGCCUUUGCAAUGCAUUCCCACUCUGACAAGCUAAGCCCCCGGGAGGUCUGCAUCUGGAUUACAUUUCGCAGCUUACUUCAGACAUCCGCCAUAUUGACGGGUCACGGAAUGAGGUGGCUGACGCACUCUCCAGGCCCUCUAUCGCUCACCUUCAGCUUUCACCCUAAAAGAGAUGGCCGCUGAACAGCGCCGUGUCGGCUCACCCUGUGAUGAGGAUUUUUCCGGACUCCAACUUCAGGAACUACCACUGACAACUGGCAACAGCACCAUCUUAUGCGACGUAUCCACCCCUUCCCAUCGUCCAUUUGUGCCACCAUCCCUCUGCCGCAAGGUUUUCUCCUCCCUGCACAAUCUCUCUCACCCGGGGAGUCGAGCAACGGACAAACUGCUUUCCGACUGCUUCGUCUGGCCUGGGAUGCACAAAGAUCUCAAAACACGGACACGAGCUUGUAUUGCCUGUCAACGGAGUAAGAUCCAGCGGCACAACAAGGCCCCUAUUGGCACCUUCUCCGGCCCUGGUGCAAGGUUCAGCCACGUUCACUUGGACAUUGUAGGCCCCCUGCCUCUGUCCAAUGGCUGUUCCUAUCUCCUCAUCUGUGUAGAUCGGUUCACUCGGUGGCCUGAAGCAAUUCCCCUGCCUGGCAUUGCUGCUCCAGCGGUGGUCAAGGCUCUUCUCAGUCGUUGGGUUGUUAUCCUUGGUGCACCCUCCACAAUCACGAUUGACCGUGGUACCCAGUUUGAGUCUAACCUAUUCCAGUCUUUACUCUCCUUUUAAGACUGUACCCGCAUCCGGACAACAUCCCAUCACCCGGCUGCUAACUGGAUGAUAGAGCGCUUUCACCGCCGGCUGAAGGCCUCCCUACGCGCCGCGGCCGAUCCGGAGAACUGGACGGACCACCUUCCCCUGGUUCUUUUUGGCAUCAGCUCCGCUCUCAAGCCGGACCUUGACUGUUCCGCUGCUGAACUGGUGUUCGGCGCCACCGUUCGACUCUCCGGUGAGAUGAUCUCGCCAACCCCACGAGGUGCAGUUGAGGAUCCCACUAACCUCCUGCAUCGUCUCCGGCAGUUUAUGCGGACACUUUCUCCGGUUCCUCCCAAGUCCUCCGCCUCUCCGUCUUACCUCGGGAAGGCCUUGGCAACGUGCUUUCACGUCUACCUUCGAUGUGAUCGAGUCCGCCGGCCUCCGGAACCGCCCUAUGAUGGCGCAUUCCGGGUGCUCUCUCGUGGGACAAAGACUUUUCGCAUUCAACGCGACAGUCGUAAAGAGGUCGUGAGUGUGAACCGCCUCAAGGCUGCUGUCCCUGACACUCCUCCAGAUGAGCCCUGUGGCCCUCUACUUUCUGCUUCUCACCUGCAGCCUCUAUUCCACCGCCCCGUAUUUGCCCUCUGCUCUCCUGUCCGCUACCUCCAACUGCCACCACCAACUCCAACACUUCCGCCACCAGAUUUAUUCACUCUUCUACUGACCCUGUAUAUAUCACUCGCAGUGGUCGUCAUGUACACUUUCCUGAUCGGUUGGUCACUGAUGUUUUUUAGACCUGUACACAUCCUUCGGUGUCGUUUUCGCCGCCCUCCGGUCUCGGAGGGGGGGUACUGUGCUGAGGCGCCGGACCAUCUUGCAUUUCCCAACCUGUUCCUCAUUCUUGAACUUACUGGUUGUUUAACUGAAUGGAAGGAAUACAACACGACGCGACGCUCUAGGCAUGUGUUGGAUCGUUAGGUCGUUUGACUUUUGAUUGUCAAUUCCUUCACAACUCUGGUCUUAUCCUGGUAUCCAUAGCCUGGGAUUAAUGGUUCUGUCCUUAGCGCUCGCGACAGUCACAUAAUUAAUUUGAUGGCGUGGGCAAACAUUUGGGCACAAUUUCAGCUAGUAUAUUUUACAUCUUCUGGAAGUCUGCAAAGAGAGGCUUUAAGAAUUUAUGAAAAAGCCUACUUUAAGGCAAACACUUUCAUUAAUUUUAAUAUCUAUAAUCAGUUAAUUUACAUAAAUUGACUGUACAUAUAUGUGUGAAUACAUGCGUAUAUAUAUGUGUGUGUAUGUGUAUAUAGUAUUAACAACGACAAGGGAUACUGGAGUGUGCAUUUCUGGCUUAUUAGCCGUCAUCGGCCAGUCAUACCUAAUCCCAAGUUGUAACACGUCAAUAUGCAUUAUACAUUACCUAAUUAUGAAUUUACAAAUUUAAAGGUGCACACCUGCUUUGCCUUCAAUACAGUGAACUGAGCUGAACUAGUUAUAAUCUGUAGGCUUUUUUACAUUUUUGAUUUGUUUCGCUACACUUUCUUGUACAUCUGACUUUCCUGUACAUUUGUUUGACUAAACGGAAAUACACAGUAACAGCUCUGCGGCGGUCAACGUGUGUUCUGGUUUCGAGUGUGCUUGAUGUCGUUAUUUCUUGACGUUCGCUUGUAACCUCUCAACAUUCUUAGCAAUUCGUAUGAGCUGACAGAGACUCCCUCCUCACAAGCCUACUUCACCACAUCAUCGCGGAACCGACUACCUCUAUUCAACCGGUCCCUCAUUGGAAUGCUAUCUCGCUACAUGAGAGGAUUCUACUUCGCGUGAGUCUGGAACAUUCCUUUUCUGAUUCUUCGAGCCUGUACAUCCUUUUUUUGUUGGUAAACACAAUUCCUCCAUUUCGAGUUAGUUUUCUUGUAAAUAUUACUGUUUGUAGUUUUUAACUCCACGUUUCCACUACAAAUCUAUAGUUUCAGGGACAAAUUCCUGAUAUAAAUCAGGAGUCCAGUUAAGCAACUUAAUAGUUAACGUUAAGUAUUAUGUUAAAUCAGUAAUUUGUGCCUGUUUUAGAUAAUCUGAAGAUACAUGGGAACUAAAGUUGCAAAAGCUAUACUCGAAUUCACUGAGCCUUUUAGGCAUCAUAGUUCGUUGACGAUAUUUUAAAAUAUUUUCACCAAGCUUUUAUCAAGUUUCACUUAUAUAUCGGCCCUUCUGUUUUCCACACAGCGUGCGGACAGAGUCAUUUUGGUAUCGCAGUACCUAUAUGUACACACGUGUGCCAGUAUGCGCACGCAAUCUCGGACAUUCAAUAUUCCUGCAUCGCUGCGCAUACUGUGCGGACACACAAUAUGCUUUCCCAGACAUGAUUCUGUCUUUAAAAUUCGGUCAAACAAUGUAAUGUAAUAACACAUAAUUUUUAACAGGUUAACGCCACAUUCUCGCUACUUACGGGAGCAUUUUGGUUGCCGAAUCGACGAGUGCAAAAUGCAAAUGUGUUUCCGUACACACCAAUGUUUUAUAAGCAGCGCUCAAGGUCAACACUCUGUGAGAAGCAAAUAAUUAGUUACAGUCCAGAAACUAAAACAUUUAAACCUGCAUUGUAAAACAUAAUCAGUGUAAAUGGAAUGAAUUAAUAAAAGGACACACUAUUUGUCGGUCUCUACAUUGUUCCUAUGUCCAGGCGCAGGCACUAAGUACGAAAAUAACAUGAUUAUGGCAUGUCUUCGACAUUGUCAGUCACUUUAAAACACGGAACAAACUGAAAAUAAACUCAGUCAUUUUGGUUGCAUGUUGAGUUUAUCUAUUUUGGUUUCCGCGUAGUCGGUUUUGCGCGAACUGGGUUUAUUUUAAGCAAAAGAAAACCUUCAUCCUAUGCUACAUUAAUGGCAGACCGACUUACAAACCUUUCUCUAAAUGCUCCGCGAACACUUCAACAUACUUUCUAACGGUCGCCUAAUUCCAUCUUUUUUAGCUCACCAAACAACCAAAACACCUUGAGGGACCAUUUCUUCACCAUAACCUGUUUCUCGCAUAUCCAAAGUGCCAAGUGUCGUUUUGGUCAAUGAGAGACCAAUAAUCCAUAAAAUAUCUCAACUUAGGAAUUUUGUUGACUUCUAGAUGAAUGAACAAACAAAUUAUUUAAUAAGUAUCCAUAAGGAUGCUUUGAGAGUGGGUGAAAAUAAAUUUUAGAGCGAAAUCUCUGACAAGUAUGUAGGCAGUUCGUGCUUAUAAAAUAAGUUGUCUAAUACGAAAGGCGGCUAGCGAAUAGUGAAAUGCGAUUUAAUUGCAUCUUAAGCAAAAAAACUGUCGCUGAUGGGAAGGUAGAUAUGCCACCUACGAAAUUGUCAUUUGCCCGUUUUUUUCAAGUUUGCAUUCUGGUAGUGAGUAAUACUUGCUUAGUAUAAAUUGUGCUGUCUGGUCCACCAAUAUUGGCAGCUUUCAGAAAUCGUUUCAUCAUACAUAGCCUCAUCCAUAUAUCCUCGAAGUUCCGGCAGUUACCAUCCAUAUAAAUAUUUGGACUUAAGCCUUGUAUUGCGUUUUCACCAUGAAAGCUCAGGCAACCCUUCGUCGAAAUCUGAAGGAAACUAAACUUCAUCUGAAACCCAUUGUUCAUAUGAAAAAAAAAUUGAUCUAGGGGCGCUUGAUGAUUUUAACAACUUUAUGUCUCGUUGCGGAUCAAUUUUUUCUGUCCUUGGUGCCCUUCUUGACGGAAAGUUGCCAACGCUUACGUCUCAGCAUUGUGAGAAGCUCAUGCCUCUCAUUAACCUGGUUGCUACUGAGAUUGAAGACAGGCACAAACGAAGUUUCAACUUUAUAUUAAAACACGUUCCUAAGAGUAGACAGCCAAUAGAUGUCGCCUUUCAUUUCCUUUUUUCAUGCGGCUUCAAAUUUAGGGUUGCGGAAGCUAAGAAGCUUUCAUCUAGGAGCAAGAAUCCACCAAUUCUUGUCAAACUCUUUUCAUCGAUAGAAGUGGAUUUUAUUUUCUUCCAUUUGGAGCGCUCGACUCAAUAUCUCAGGGCAAAUAAACUUUUUAUUAGUCGAGAUCAAACUCCACUGCAACGAAAAGUUUCUCCCCCAUUACCAAACGUAAAGCCACCCCCGAAUUCUACUCAAAUGCCUUUUACCUCUAAAUCAGUUUCUCCAUCGGGUGUCGACCAAAUCCCCCCACUAUCUACAGCGGCCCCAGUUCCAUCUAGCUCUUCGACUGAUCACAUUAUCACAGAGACGGUUAAAACUAGCCUCUUUAAAACUUCCCCACGGAGCAAGGAUUGUUCAAAUGCGGCUCCCAAAUUUACAAGGGAGCUUGAUCUUAGCAGUAAAGAUGAGCCAGUCCUUGAAGCACAACCGGCUCCCAGCACUCAGAAUAGUGAUUUAGUUAAUAAACUUACAUCGAAUCCACCCCGUUUCCACGCCUGGCCACUCAGGUCUGACCUUGCAGUUAGGUCAAAUAAGCUAGAUGAGAGUUCAGGGAGGUCUUUACCUGUUCCUAUCCUAAAUUCUCAACUUACCGCCACAGUUGUGAAGCCCUCUUACACAUCAGACUGCAAAAUGCAAGUAUAUUGCAUUGCUGAUAAAUUUUCCAAUCCCAUUUCUACUCUGACACCCCAAAUAAUAAAGCCCUUUCCUGAUGUUAACUGUUUCCCGAAACCAUUACAUCCGCCAUCUAACAUAAACUACCCCUCGUAUUAUGCUAACAAUUCCCAAAAUCCUAUUUUCUCGUCUCCUAUUUUUCCGACCCAACAAAAUAGUUUUCCUCUUCCCGGGUCCUCCUCAAAUGUUCUUCCACCUAAUGCUGCAUCUCUAGCUAGUAAUUACCCCAUAAAUUUUAGACCGCAGCAACUUUGUCCUCCACCAAUUGCUUCGUUCCAACAGCUUAAUUUUCCACCUCCGGCUCUUCCUUUUUUAUAAGUAGUAAUGAGCGGAACCUACAUAUUAGGAAUACGCUCAGUAUUGUCUCUCUCAAUGCAAGAUCUGUCGUACAAAAGAUGGCACACCUAAGAAGCGUAGCUGUUGAGUUUGACACAGACGUAUUGUGCAUUACAGAAUCCUGGGCCCACUCUCUAAUUUCAGACCCGGCACUUAAUAUAGAUAGCCUCAGUUUAUACCGUCAGGACCGUGCCGACAGACGCGGCGGUGGAUAUCUUCUUUACAUAAGAGCAUCACUUGCACAAUCGCCUUAUAACUUGAACAUUUCCUCCUUCUCUGGAAAUUUAUGUUUUGCCUCGGUUAUUCUUCCGAAAAAUAGGAAAGCCUUAGUCGGAUGUGUAUAUAAUCCUCCUUGUUCCUCUGGAAAUGAAAGCCAACUUUGUGAACUCUUUGAAAAAAUUGCAGAAGCUUCUUUCGAUGUCAAGAUAAUCGUAGGCGAUUUUAAUUUGCCAGAAAUUGACUGGCACACACAUACUUCUCCUCCUAAAUUCCAGAAGCUGCUUGACACAAUUUACUUUUCAAACCUGACUCAAUUAGUUCACUCUUCGACCAGAAACGAUAGUGUUUUAGACUUAAUUUUUACUAAUGGCGCCUUCCCUUUAUCUAUGGAUUUUUAUCAUGACCUCUUUGCAAGUGAUCAUGCAUUAAUCCAUUGUCGCCUUCCAGUUGCCAUUUCCGCAAAGCCAACAGUUCAACGUAGUAUUUUUGACUUUGCUAAUGUUAACAAGGAAUUAGUAAAUAAUUUUGCAUGCACUUUUGAUUGGCAAAAUAUUUUUUCAAAUAAUGAUCCAAAUUUUUUCAACAAUUUAUUACAAUGCGUAACAGAAGGUCUUCUUGACCUUAUUCCUCGGAAGAUGUUCAAAUCGAGUGCUAAUUCCACCGCUAUCCCACACUUUCUUAAAAACAGACUUAAAAAGUUACGGAAGCAGGUUAAAGAUCCUUCUGUGAGCUCAUUAUCAGUUCAUCUAAGAAUCGUUGAGAUAUUUGAACUAGCUUCGAAAAUGAGGCUCGAGCGAGAUAGGCGUAGAGAGUCUUUAGCUAUUAAUGACGUGAAUGCUUCUAAAUCAGUUGCUCAGAUAUUCCGUCAGAGAUCAUCUACUAAGUCCCACCAAGUCAUUCCGCCCUUGCUUAGUGCAAGUGAUGCCUUCAUUACAGAAGAGUCAGGCAAAGCAGAAAUUUUCAAUUCGUUCUUUGCUAAGCAUUUCACCAUUGAAACUGAUCCGAUCCCUUUAAUUCCUUCGUUGUCUGAUGCUUCUCUUAGCUUCAUCAAUUUUUCUCCUGAACGUAUUCAAAAACUGAUAAGCCAUCUUCCUAACUCUCACUCAGUAGGUACGGACAAUAUCCCAAACUCUUUGAUAAAAGAGCUAAGAGAUUUUCCUCCUCUGCUUAGCAAAAUCUUUUCAGUAUUUCUCGUAAAUGGCUUCUUCCCUGACUAUUGGAAAACUUCUAUUAUUAUUCCAUUAUUUAAGUCUGGCUGUCGUUCUGACGUACAGAACUAUCGAGGUGUCCAUAAAGCACCCUCUCUCGCCAAAAUCUUUGAAAAACUUAUCGCCGUAAAAAUUACCGAAUUUUGCAUAGCCAAUCAAGUUAUUAGCCCUUCCCAGCAUGGUUUUUUACCAGAUCGCUCUUUUGAAACAUGUCAUCUGUCGUUUCUCAAUCUACUUACCUCUCUUCGUAAUGAUCACCUAUCUGUUGUCGUUAUUUAUUUUGAUCUUAGUAAAGCCUUUGAUAAAGUGCCACAUAAAAGACUCUUGAUUAAAUUGGAAGCUAUGGGAAUUCACAGUCCACUAAUAGACUUUAUCAGGUCAUACCUGUCUAAUCGUAAACAAAAGGUGUUAGCGGGAUCUUCACUUUCCAGCGAAAGUCCUAUUGUAAGCGGUGUCCUACAAGGUACCGUUUUAGGUCCUCUUUUGUUCUUGCUUUACAUAAAUGAUAUUUCAGCAGCAGUUAAACAUUCUCAAUCAUUUAUUUAUGCCGAUGAUCUCAAAUGUGUAUAUUCUUUCAAAAAACUCUACGAGCCUUCAUUGCCUGGAGCAAAUCCAUGCUGACUUGCCUGCUCUCUCAGCUUGGAGCUCAAAAUGGCUAAUGGAAUUCUCUCCGUCUAAAUGUCAUUAUAUGUGUUUUGGACCUGAUAGGCUACCCCAACCAGUGGUCUUUCAAAGCACACCUAUGACUGAAUGUACCACCAUCAAGGAUGUAGGUUUAAGCUACACUAGUAAUCUUGAUCUCUCGCCGCACGCUGACAGAAUUACAGCCAAAGCUGCCCAGAUUUGUGGCUUUAUUUCUUACAAUUUCUAUCUUCCUGAAAUUAAAUUAAGGCUCUAUCGUAUGUUUGUACUUCCCAUUCUCGAGUAUUGUUGCCCAUUCUUUGGUUUGAUGAAUGAAGCCAGUCGUUUAAAAAUUGAAAAUGUCCAAAGACGUUUUUCUAAAAAACUUUUAGAUAGGGAGCAUCCCAAUAUCUCCUACUCAGAUAGAUGCCAGCUAAUUAACCUAAACUUUUUAUGGGUUCGAAGAAUAGAAGCGAGCUUCUGUCUCCUCUUUCGCAUUAAUCAUAGUUCAAAUUUUCCUCGGAUUUCAGCACUUACCCCUAGUAGUCGCCCAUACAAUCUUCGCAAUUCGUCUCUAAUUAUACCUCCUCCAGCGUCCUCCACCUCUAAGCGCUCCCUUUUUUUCGCUUCCAGGUAUACUUUCCUCUGGAAUAACCUUCCAAUAAAUAUAAGAUCCUCAGAAAAUCUACACAUCUUUAAGAGAAGGCUACGCCUUUAUCUGAAUACUGACUCGAUUAAACUUUUAUUUUCCUCAUCCUUCCCAGACAACUUUUUCUAUGACACUGAGAAAGGGCCACUGGGAAUUUAACAUGUCGCCAUUAAAUUUCCGUAUCUGUUCACGUUUCCUUCCUUUAUGAGUAGUCUCGCUACCAAAGAUCCCUCACCAGAAAUGUUAAUUAUUCCAAUUUUUCAGUUCAUGCAUCGUGCCCCCACAGAAUGCGCACCAUCGAUGCUCUUGGCGAAACCUGUAUUCGCCAUAUGCUAGUAGUCUAGUCGCAUCUCCCUUACCCCAUCCUCGGUUGGACUCGGAUGAAUGUAACCGACCGCAUGUGGGUUCCUAUCGCCUCGAGACUGAUUUUCAUGAUGCCCUCACAGAAUGCGCUCCAUCGACGCUCUUGGCGAAGCCUUCUAUAUUCGCCAUAUACUAGUAAUCUGGUCGCAUCUCCCUUCCCCCAUGCUCGGAUGGACUCGGUUGAAUGAAACCGACCACAUCUGAGUUCCUAUCAGCUCGAGACUGGUUUUCAAUUUCGCCACUUAUUUUUCUUAUUCAAGGCGAUACAGGCCAGUCCUGACCGACCCGCCUACGUACCAUUUUAUGAAAUCCGUUACACAAUGCCAUAUGCAGCUGACAUUUAUAUCGGCCAUGUUGAUGUCCGACUAUAUUCCAUUCUGUACCGCCACAUGCAGGCCAGUCCUCCCUGCACUUUUCUGAUGCUAUUUUUUGAGGGUUUUUUUCUGUUAAAUUACUGCAAUUAUUUUUAAAUUUUGCUUUGGAGUUUUUUUUUCACCCCUAGUUUUUCAUUUUGCUUAAUGGACAUCUAAUCUCAAAAACUAUAUAUUGCACUUUGUACAGAUUUUGCCUACCUCGUCUAAAAUUCGCAUGUAAAAUUUAUUUUUAAUUGCUUUGAUGGGACCCCGACGGGUCUUUAAUAAAAAUAAUUGAAUUGAAUUGACCGUCCCACAGGUAAGAGUUUUUUCGGAUUCAAAAUAGUCCUCGUCAUGGUUAAAUUCACAUACUGGUCGCGGUCUUCGCUAUAGGCAUGAUCCUAAUAUUUUUAAAUUGACUACAACGCAACCAUCGGAGUGGCGAGACAGGGUGGGCCCAACGCGAUCAGUCACAGUUCGCUUAGGGUCCACACGAAGAUAAGAAAUUAGGGCUAUGGGCGUCAGCAAAGCGGGGAAGAAACGGCCAUGAUACUUUUUGCUGACGGAAUAAAAUAAUAAUGGAUGGCGAGAUCAGUUCAGUUUGUCGUAAUCAAGCGGCGUGAGUGUGUGCAGUCUUUGAGCUACAACCACCUGGUCGAAGCCCUAGUCGUAAGUAGAAGGCGAAAGACACCAGAAUGAGGGGUUUAUUGUGCACAGAACCCGGAGUUGUCCUCUCAGGCGACAAUGGCCAGUGGCGAAGCCAGGACUGGUGUUGACUGCGUCCAGUCAGGCCUGAGAGUCCAUGAGAUAAUGGUGGCAGGCGCUUGUGUAGGCUCGAGGGCCAAGCUCAAGUGGCGGCCAGUCAGCGUGUGUUGCAUUUGGCGAGGGGUGGUGUCCCAGUGGCUUGUUUUCCUGGUUGCAGGGGGUGGCGCGUUCAAGUGGCCGCAUGGGCAGCUGCGACUGCGCGGACGCAGGUAUGCCCGAGCUGUUGGUCGUGUGACUUCAGGUCCGUUCGUCUGGGACGGCUCGCUGCAAGGGGUGAAUGACCUUGAGACAGCGAGGUCUUGAACAAUGACGCCAGACCGGUCAUGAUGGCUGGCUGCCACAAGUUCAGUGCAUUUGAGGAAAAUAGGCUUACGCGUUUAAAUUGCCUAUUAGUACAUAGAAAUCGCAGGAAUUAGCAACGAACAUGAAGAAUGUAUAGCAUCAAGUGAAUGCAGACUCCGUUGCGUAAUAAAUAAAAUGAUUGAAUAAACUUUAAAGGAGAAGACAAGUUGUCGCUUAAAAAGGAUAAAAAGGAUGCCACUAAUGGCCUGAGAGUGGUAGAGUAUAAAGGAUGAUAAACGGAUGUCGCCAAAGCAGAGAAAAAUUCACUUAUACAGGGGUAAGAAUGUGGGUCAGACAGGACCAGAUGUAUUCGGUAGUCUACAAGGGAUUCGAUAAGUGCAUCGUCAAGGCUGAAUUUAUACACCAGAUGAGACUAUUCGCGUCAAAGUGGCGAGACGAUAGGAGCACAGAUGCGAUCGGUUACAGUCAGUUUCGAGCCCAACCGAGGAGGGGCAAGGGAGAUGCGACCAGACUACUAGUAUAUGGCGAAUGUAGAGCGUUCCGCCGUGAGCGUCAACAGACCGCUUGGGGUUGAAAUGAAAUGACGUCAAGAGUCGCUAAAAUCAUCGCCGCGGCGAGGAGUAAUAGCAGUGGAUUUAGUAACUACUUAAAAACAGGACAUUUUAAGUGAGAGGUUCCACUAAAUCUACCAUUAAAUCCCAUAAGUCAAGAAGCUGAGUGUUCGGGAAUGAGAUUGUUAAAAGUGCCUUUAUACUUUUCUGUGUAGGGUGUUUGUGUGAUUUCGAUUUAAAUCCCGAUAACUUACGAGAUGUCCACAUUUCUGGUGGAAGAUUAUUCUAAUGGAAGGCAUGUUUAGAAGCAAAGAAGGGGGCGUUUAGACAUAGCGCAAAGAGGUGGCGAAAGCAACAUGGGGAAAGUACGCAUGGCAUAAGACCGAUCUCUCGGAGUGAAAGUGUAAAUGAGCGGAAGAUUGGAGCUAGAGUUAAUGUGAAGAGGGAAACAAAGGCGAGCUUCGAGUCUUAUAGCCCACAAAAACUUAAUGUUUGCCAGCUGACAUCUCUGAGUAUAAGAAGUGCCGGAUUCGACUUGAAAGAACAGUUUCUGGGUGAAAACUCUCUGUAUAUUUUCGAUUUUAUUACGGUCACAGGCGUUCAUUAAACUAAAGAAGGUACAGCAGUACUCAAGGACUGGUAGAACAAACAUAUGAUAAAGUCCUAACUUCAUUCCCGGAAGGAAAAAAUUGUGCGAUAUGAAUUCACAUAUGUGCGCGGCUUUGGCACAGAUUCUACCUGCAUGUGGUGAUAAAACAAGUUUAUUUGCGUAAUUUAAGCCUAGGUCCUUUAUGUUGAAGCAUUCGGAAAGUGGGUUAUUCUGAAAAAUUAUGGGACCAGGACCUUUGGCAGCACCGAAUACAUGAAACUACACUUGGAUGAUGAAAACUCCACCUGCCACUUUGAACUCCAUUUGCUUAAACGUAGUAAAUCGGCAUUAAAUUUUUUCAACAAAAGCGACUGCGAUGUCCUAAGAAUAUGAGCAAACACAUUUGAGGUCAUCGGCACAAAUAAAAGUCUGUGAAUUUUUGAGUCCAGUCGAAAUAUUAUUGAUGUACAGAAGGAAGAGUAGCGGACCCAGAACCGUGUCUGGAAGUACGCCACUCGUGGUCGAGUGAGGUGUAAAGUAGCUAUUAUCGACCAUGACUUUCUGAUAAUGGUUGGAUAGAUAGGACUCGAUGAAGUCAAAUAUAGGCGGCCGGAUGCCAAGGGCUGCGAAUUGCAUCAGAAGACGUAUAUGGGGCACCUUUUUGAAGGUUUUACUAAAAUUUAAGUAGAUAUCUGCCACUGACAGUUGCUCAUUACGAAGAGCAGUGGUUAGGUUAAGAAAUGCCAAGUGACAAGUUUUGCAAGAUCUUUCUGGUAAGGCUUCAUGCUGAUUAGAGCUCAUAAGCUGGUUAUCUAGACGGAAGUCUAGAAGCUCAUUGGAAAUUAUCCUUUCAAGGAGUUUUGCCGGAGGCGUUGUUUUGUGCAUGCCCUGAUAAUUAUUAACAUCGGACAGAGAUCCAGACUUGGAGACAGGAAUGGUAAUUGACGUCUUCCUUGUGUCCGGGAAAAUUCCGACUGAAAUAUAAACCGACUAUUAAUGACUAAGCAAUAUGGGAAUAUCGGAUGCUUGUCUAAUAAUUGAAUGCGCAAUUCCGUCCAUUCCCGAACAGUAUGAAAUUUUAAACAACCUAUGUGUCUCUUAAUCAGAUUUGAGGAGACGUCCAUUGUACUCAGUGACCUAUCUGAAAGCGAACGAACGAAAGAAACUGGCUUGAACUCAGUAGUGAGGUGUUUUUCAAAGAAAGCACGAAACAACUCCGCCUUGUCAGUGUCAUCGAUGCAGUAGAUUUUGUUUUAGUUUAGAAAGGUGGGAUGUCGUGCCUACGCUUAAAGGAGGACCGACGACGGAAGAUUUUAGCGACAGAUUUUGCGGGAUUCUGAUCGCUAAUAGCAAGGGAUUCUCUUUGCCCAUCACGAUUUUGUGCAUCCUUGACGUCAUUUCGAAAAUCUCUGUGAUUCUAAGAUGAACGGAUAAAGUACUAGUGGAUGAGCCACAAAGCUGAGGUCUCUCUUUUUAAGCCUGUUACAAAGAACAUGAGGGACAAGGGAAUCUGAAGAAUCAGAAGAAUGGCUGCAUCAUUACAGGAGAGGAACCACGCCAAUCCAAUGAUCCAGUAUAGUUAUUCAUUAAGUCGCUAUCUACACAAUGAUAAUAAUACUAAUAAUAAUAUUUUUAUUCAAGACCCUCGGGGGUCCAUUCAUAGCAAGUAAGAAUAACUUUUACAUGAAUUUUAGGACAGGUAUGCAGAAUCUAUAUAAUACAUGAAUCAUAAUUAUUGAAUAAGUAGUAUGUUACGAAGAAUUAUGAGCGAACAGUAAAAAAACUCGCAACAUAUAGACAAAAUGAAUAUGACUGGAUUAACAUCCUAGGAGAAAUAAAGCUGUCGCCCAUAAAAGUGCAAAAGGCGUGCAGGACGGCCUGUAUGUGGCAAUGUAUAACGGAUUUCAUGAAGGGGUGAGUAGGCGAGUCAGGCAGGACUGACCUGCAUGUGGUAUUGAGUAAAAGGUCCGAAACGGACAUCACCAAGGCUGGAUUCAUAUGUUGGAUGAAACCAUGCAUGUCAAAGUGGCGAAUAGAGAACCAGCCUUGAGGCGAUAGGAACCCAGAUGCGAUCGGUUACAGUCAUCUUCGAGUCCAGCUGAUGAGGGGCCAAGGGAGAUGCGACCAGCCUACUAGUAUAUGGCGAAUGCCGAGGGUUCCGCCGUGAGCGUCGAUAGAGCGCAUUCUGUGAAGGGCAUGAUGCGUCGACUGAAAAAUCAAAAAAAUAAAUUUACUGAUGAAGGAUCCCAGGAAGCAAUACUACAUACAAAAAAGGAAAUGUGAGCGGAUACGGAAAUUUAAUGUCGGCGUCCGAAACUCCCGGUGGCCCUUUCUCGGUCUCAUAGAGAAAGUUUUCAGGGAAUUAUGAGGAAAAUAUAAGUUUGAUGGGUUCAGUAUUCAGAUAAAGCCGCAGCCUUCUGUUAAACGUACGUACAUCAUCGAAAUAUUGCUUGGAAUGGUUACUCCAGAGGAAAGUAUGCCUUGAAGCGAAAAAAAGGAGCGUUUAGUGGUGGCGGAAGCGGGAGGAUAUAUAACCAGGGAAGAGAUGCGAAGAUUUUUUUGGACGACUACUGUUGGUAAAUGCUGAAAUUCGAGGAGGAUUUGGAAUAUCAUUAAUGUGAGAGAGGAGACAUACUGGCGUCAACCUGUCGUCAUAGGAGCUGACGAAGGAUCAGACGCAGGUUUAACGGCACGAAGCUUCAUUUAACCCGGCUGACGCCAAACCUGUUAACCUGAUCGCAGCAGUGGAAUCAAUCUUUAAUCAGACGGAGGCAACGUAGGAGAAUAAGAGUCUCAUCCGACACCAAGUGUUGUUCCUUCUAAUGGCCUACAGGCCGCCGCACGUGCUUUCCAAGGUCGAACGUGAUGCGCUUAGGGAGGUCAAGGCUGACAAAGACAUGGUCAUCGUGCCAGCGGACAAAGGCGCUCUACCGUUGUACUGGACAGGACAGACUACGUUCAGAAGGCCAACGGUUUACGUGGGACCGACAUUUCUAUGCUACGUGUGCAACGAACCCUGUAAAAGCCCUGACACGCGAACUUAAUGCUACUUUCUUGGAUUUGGAGAACUCAUGUGCAAUAACACCAACCGACAGACGCAUGAUGAGACCCCAAGAUAUGGCUUCGGCCCGACUCUAUGGCCUCCCUAAGGUGCGCAAAGACGGCGUUCCUCUUCGACCAAUCGUGCCUCCCAAAGGUACUCCAACGUACGGACUGGCUAAGUGGCUGUUCCGGCGUCUCAAGUUCCUGACCGCUGAGUCAGACACCACGGUCUCUUUGGCAGCACAAUUUCGGGAGAAACUCAAAGGGGUAAGCCUCCAUCCAAAUGAGGUCAUGGUAUCUUUUGAUGUUACAUCCUUUUUUUUUUCUAUUCCCCAAGACCUGGCGAUUGAGACAAUCGAGCUGCUUCUACAAAACAAAUACAAUGAAACGGAGAAUCGUCUUGGACACGCCCAAGUUCUUCAGUUCCUGAAUUUCUGUCUCAGGACGUAA